AUGGUCUACCACACCUGCUGCAUCCUCCUCUUCAAGCCCUUCCUCCUCAAAUCCAAAGACACCCCCGCCGCCCUCAAGACCGACACGGCGAAGCGCGCAGAGGUCCUCUGCAUCGAGUCGGCGAAACGAAUCUGCCACGCGGGGAAAAAAUACCGCCAGGUCUACGGCUCGUUCCGGCGCAGCCCCAUUUCCGCCACGCACUGCACGCUUACCGCGGCGCUGGUGCUGAUUCAGUACGCGAGCCCUGAUCCGGAGUUUGCGAAUACGGGGAGGCCGUGUUGUACCGUCUACAUCGAAGCAUGCCUCGAAGUCCUAGCGGAACUAGGCAUCUCCUGGCGUCCCGCCGCCAAGAUGCGAUGCGAUCUCAUAAAGUACCUGUACCAAAAGUACCCGGAGCGGAUACCAAACUCCAUUCUGCAGCAGCAAGGCGCCCGCAGGGAUCCGGACCCGGAUCCGACGGCGUCGGUGGGGGUCGAAAGGGACAUGGACGGCGCGGCGGCGCCGAGUUCUGCGCAGCCGCAGCAGACGCUGGAGCAGAACCUGUGUCCCCUGAUGAACAUGAUUGACCAAGAUUUCGCGUGGGAUGCGUCCAGCGCGGCUGAUCAGGCGCUUCAGGGGGCGUUGCUGAGUAACGGCGGGUCGGAGUCGGCUUUCAACACGCAGUUUGCGCUGGCGGAAUCUAUUAGUGAGCUCGGGGAGCAGAACGGGCUGAGUUUCAUGGACGAUAGCUUUUGGGCGGGGAUGAAUUUUGAUGUAAAUUUCGAAGCACAAAAUCCAUGA